AAUACGGCCCAUUAAAGAGGACCCUAAUAUAAACGACUGUAAAUUUCCGAAACCCUAGUAAGCAAGCAAGCUAUCGAGCAUCGUCGUCUCCAACAGCCAAGAGAAGCAGAAGCUUGAAGAAUCUCUGUAAUCUAAAAAAUGGGAAAGGUCCACGGUUCAUUGGCUCGUGCCGGUAAGGUGAGAGGUCAGACACCUAAAGUGGCUAAGCAGGACAAGAAGAAGAAGCCUCGUGGUCGUGCUCAUAAGCGUCUGCAACACAACCGCCGUUUCGUCACCGCCGUUGUUGGUUUUGGCAAGAAGAGAGGACCAAACUCAUCAGAGAAGUAGAUAGAAGAAGGUUUUACCCUUUUCAGAUUUUAUGGGAUGUUUUUGAUAUUGUGUCAUUAGUUGGUCCAAACUCAUCGAUAUCAAAGUGGUUUAACCUUGGUUAUCUACAAAUCAGUGGAUGUUGUGUCAAUUUUCUUGUCAAUUUGAUUUUUGUUUCUCCUCAGAUUAGACUUAAGUUCUUGAAUUAUUGAACCUCUCUUUUGCAGUUAUGUAUUCGUGUGUACCCUUUAAAUUCCACUAUUGUAAAACCUCUGCUCCGCAUACUUUAUUUACCACGUUUGAUCAGUUCGUUUUCAUGGGGACUCAGAGAAUCCAACCACUCUUUGAACUCA